ACACAGAUCAGCUGACACAGAAGCGAAUAUGAAGAGCCUGACAGUCCUGAUCUUCUGCUGCCUGAUGACUGUGUGUCUGAGCGCAGGUCUUCCUGACUCCUCAGAUACUAAACUAUUGAGUGCUGCAGAAUCUCCUAAUCAUGAAGGUGUGUUUGUGAAGCGUGACGUGGCCUCUAUCAUCAUGAGACAGAAGAGGGCUGGAACUGCACCUGGAGACCUGACUCCAUUUCAGCUCGAGAGUCUCAGAGAGGUGUGUGAGACAAAUGUGGCCUGUGAGCACAUGAUGGACACGUCUGGAAUCAUCACCGCCUAUAAAACCUACUAUGGGCCCAUUCCCUUCUAGAACCACACACACACACACACACACACACA